AUGCUGUACGACGACGCUACCGUUCGACGGGUUCUCCGUGCAGCUCACGAAGGCCAAGAUUGGUGCGAUGUCGCGCUUAAGAACGAUGUCAAGCUUCGCACUGCUUACCGCUGGAUCAAUGCGGCCGAGGACAGCGGCAACUGGGAGGCUCUGCCUCGAAAGCCUCGUGGUGGUAAGCGCCACAGCAAGAUUCAAGACGAGCACGUCGACUACCUAGUUGGUCUCAUCGACGACAACUGUUACAUCACGCUGGACGAGAUGGUUGACGCCCUCGAGGCUCGAUUCGCGCUCAAGCAAACCCAUCGCGACAACAACUACCGCAAUCUUGAGGAGAACAAGAUUUUGCGCCGGGAUUACGUCGUCGAGCUAAUUGCUCAGAAGGCCGCAGGUAAGAAGAUCUUCUACGGAAGCGAGCUGUCGACAACAACACAGCCAGCAAAGGGUCAAAUAUCCACGUGA